AUGGAUCGUGAUCACGAAGCCACCGAAGGCGGAACUUCAACAGGGAGAAAAAAAUCGCAGCCCGAACCUGUGAGCUCGAUGGCAGAGGGUGAUGCUGCAAUCGAUUCGAAUGGCGGCAGAGAUGAACACAAUUUGCAUACACUCAACAUUGGUCCCCUCGAUGAUGAUGAGACCUGGGUCCGGUCCACUCAUUAUCGAGAUCCCGAGGGACUUUAUUUGCAGGCAUCUCAACUGCAAGGACGAGACUUUAUAAUUUGGCCAGAAGAAUACGAUGCGGAAAACGAUAGCACCAGAGAGUUCUUAUAG